AUGCAAGGGUGGGAAACCUAUUUUCAACGCCUCUAUGAACAUCCAAAUCCACCUCCUGAACAUCCAAAUCCAACUACAUCUAAACAACCUCAAACACCACCACCUGCACAACAACCAAAUCGACCUCCUAAACGACCAAUCUACUCUGAACCGCAACAAACCCACUCACCAUUUGAACCAACCCCACAACCUGAACAAACAACACAAUCACCUUCUUCCGUUCCCACACCCAUAACUUUUGUUUCCUCCAUAACUCCCACACUAAAUUGCAGUGCCCCAAACUCACCUUCUACAUCCUCCCUAGCCUCUGCCACUGAACCAGAGACUACCCUCCCUACCCUAGAAGAAGCAAUACUGGUUUUUGUAGAGUCUUCAGUAGAGAAGGUCAAAGACACUGGUAUUAGGCUCCAAGAGCGCUUGGCCAGAGAGGCCGAGGAACGAGCUAGGAAAGAAGCUGAAGAGAAAGCACGCCAAGAAGAAGAACAGCGGAUCAGAGAAGCUGAAGAGAAGGCUGUUGCUGAUGCUGAGGCUGAGGCUGAGGCGAAAGCUAAAGCCGAAGCUGAAGAAGCAACUCGUAUUACUGUAGAAGAAGCUACCAAGGCCAAAGCUGAUGCACUGACUCAGGGGGAGCACACCAACUAUGGGUUCGUCCCUCUCGUCUUGAAGACUCUAGAGGAACUGCAGAAAGAACAACAAGUAGUUCGGGCUAGGCUGGAUCAACAUGAUUCUGUCAACAUCAACAUUCAGAACAUGCUGUCCCAGCUGCUCCAAAGGAUGCGUCCGCUCCCAAACCCUUAG